AUGGGCUUGGUGUGUCUGGAUUAGUUUGAUCACCACUUUCAUCUUCAUCAAAGGCUUCUUCAUCUAUUUGAUCCACCACACUAGUGUCUGAUGGUGAGUCACAAGUCACCUAAAAUAUUAAAUGAAAAUUAAACUAAUAUUUUGAAACAUCUCAUUUGUAGACCCCAACUUCUGCAAAGGAAUGGUUAGAUGUAGGAGAAGAAUUUGAGAAAAAGUGGAACUAUCCUUGCUGCAUAGGGGCAAUAGAUGGCAAGCACGUUGCCAUACAGCAGCCUAGCGGUAGUGGUUCAGAAUUUUUCAACUACAAACACUUUUUCAGUGUGUUGCUAUUUGCUCUAGUUAAUGCCAAUUACAAGUUUAUUUAUGUCAAUGUUGGUGCCUCAGGACGUGCAGGAGAUGCUGGUGUGUAUAAUGAAUCAACCUUAAAGAAAGCAGUGAUCGAAAACACACUUAAUUUGCCACCACCUGCAUGUAUUCAAGGAAUUUCAUCAUCAAGAAUAAAUUACCAUAUCAUUGGGGACGAUGCUUUUCCAUUGAGCUUAACUAUGAUGAAGCCAUAUCCUCAUAGAAAUUUAGAAAAGGAAAAACGAAUUUUUAACUAUCGAUUAUCGCGUGCAAGGCGUGCUGUAGAAAAUGAUUUUGGCAUUUUGGCUAAUAGAUGGCGAGUGUUCUUGACAACAAUAAAAUUAGAUCCAGACAGGGUGACAGAUGUAAUUCUAGCAGCUUGCUGUUUGCAUAAUUACUUGGUGGAACAUAACAAACUUUCCUAUACGACCUAUACAUCAGCUGCAGAUGUUGAAAAUAGUGACCAUACAAUAACAGCUGGAACAUGGAGAAGUAACACAUGCUUGACCAGAUUGAAUCAAUUUAGCACUGACCGUAACCCACCAAGAAAUGCUAAAAAUCAACGCGAAUUGCUGACCGCAUAUUUCAACAAUCAUGGCUCGGUUCCAUGGCAGGACUUUAUGAUUAAAUAA